CGCCCAAAAAAUUAUGGACGUCGGUGGGAACGGUGGUGGGCUACCUGUAAACAAUAAACAGAGAGCUAUGCUACCUAACAAGAGCAGGGGCGAAUUCACCCGCAACCCAAGGAAAGACUCAGAGGGGCUGUCUGAGUCUCCAGAUCUGGAGUUUGAAUAUUCCGAUACAGACAAGUGGGCUGCAGAGCUGUCAGAGCUUUACAGUUAUACUGAAGGACCAGAGUUUGCUCUGAAUAGGAAGUGCUUUGAGGAAGAAUUCAGACCUCAUGUGUCUGAUAAGAAGUGGACCGAGCUCGAUGCAGCGCAGCACAGAGCUCACGCCAUGCGGCUGCUGGACAGUCUGGAAGUCAUCGCCCGGGAGAAAAGGCUGAAGGUUGCUAGAGCCAUUCUCUACAUGGCUCAGGGGACCUUCGCAGAGUGCAGCUCAGAGGCUGAGGUGCAGCACUGGAUGAGAUACAACAUAUUUCUGCUGCUUGAUGUGGGGACCUUCUCUGCUCUGGUGGAACUGCUCAACAUGGAAAUUGAUAACAGUGCCGCCUGUAGCAGUGCUGUCAGAAAACCGGCCAUCUCCCUUGCCGAUAGCACAGAUCUCAGGGUGCUACUUAAUAUAAUGUACCUGAUGGUGGAAACGAUCCACCAGGACGACCCGGCUGACAAGCCCGAGUGGAAAAUCAUCAGGGAAACCUUCAGAGCAGAACUGGGAUCGCCUCUUUUCAACAACGAGCCCAUUUCCGUCAUGCUCUUCGGUAUGGUUACCAAGUUCUGCAGCGGCCAUGCUCCCCACUUUCCAAUGAAGAAGGUGUUGCUGCUGCUGUGGAAGAGCAUUCUGUUCACGCUCGGAGGGUUUGAGCAGCUGCAAAGUAUAAAGGUCCGUAAACGUGACGAACUGGGUCUUCCUCCUCUCCCGGAGGACAGCAUCCGAGUCAUUCGCAGCAUGAGGGCGGCUUCUCCUCCUGCGUCUGCUUCCGACCUCAUCGAGCAGCAACAAAAACGGGCCCGUCGUGAACACAAGGCGCUGAUCAAACAGGACAACCUGGACGCUUUCAACGAGAAGGAUCCUUACAAGGCCGAUGACUCUCGCGAAGAUGAGGACGACAACGAUGACAACGACAACUCCAUAGAGGCGGAGACGUUCCCUCUGGAGAGGGACGAAGUGAUGCCUCCGCCUAUUCCCCACCCUCCAUCAGAGCGGGUCUCCUUCCCCAAGGGGCUGCCGUGGGCCCCUAAAGUCAGGGAAAAAGAUAUUGAAAAUUUUCUCGAAUCCAGUAGAAGUAAAUUCAUUGGUUACACGCUUGGAAGUGACACAGACACGGUGGUUGGAUUACCCAGGCCGAUUCACGAGAGCAUCAAGACGUUAAAGCAGCACAAGUACGUCUCGAUAGCGGAGAUACAGGUUGCAAAGGAGGAGGAAUUUCAGAAAACCCCUCUGUCCGGUGGAGAAGAGGAAGUGGAGAUGUGCGCCACGGAGCUGCUCUAUCAGGGAAUUCUGCCCAGUUUGCCACAAUACAUGAUUGCGCUGCUGAAGAUCCUGCUCGCUGCAGCUCCGACAUCCAAAGCCAAAACGGACUCCAUUAACAUCCUGGCAGACGUGCUGCCCGAAGAAAUGCCGACCACGGUGUUGCAGAGCAUGAAACUCGGUGUUGAUGUCAAUCGCCACAAAGAAAUCAUUGUGAAAGCCAUUUCCGCCAUCCUGCUGCUGCUCCUGAAGCACUUCAAGCUUAACCACAUCUACCAGUUUGAGUACAUGGCUCAGCACCUGGUGUUUGCCAACUGCAUCCCCCUCAUUCUGAAGUUCUUCAACCAGAACAUCAUGUCUUACAUCACAGCUAAGAACAGCAUUUCAGUUCUUGAUUUUCCAUAUUGUGUGGUACAUGAGCUGCCGGAGUUAACCGCAGAGAGUUUGGAAGCAGGAGACAACAAUCAGUUUUGCUGGAGAAAUCUGUUUUCGUGUAUUAACCUGCUGAGGAUCCUCAACAAACUGACCAAGUGGAAGCACUCCAGAACGAUGAUGCUGGUUGUGUUUAAGUCAGCUCCCAUCCUCAAGAGGGCGCUGAAGGUCAAGCAGGCCAUGAUGCAGCUCUACGUCCUCAAACUGCUCAAAGUGCAGACCAAGUACCUGGGACGCCAGUGGAGGAAGAGCAACAUGAAGACCAUGUCCGCCAUCUACCAGAAAGUCCGACAUCGCCUCAACGACGACUGGGCUUAUGGGAACGAUCUGGACGCUCGUCCGUGGGACUUCCAGGCCGAGGAGUGCGCUCUGCGGGCCAACAUCGAGCGCUUCAACAGUCGCCGCUACGACAAGACCCACAGCAAUCCAGACUUCCUGCCCGUGGACAACUGCCUGCAAAGUGUUCUGGGGCAGCGAGUGGACCUGCCCGAGGACUUUCAAAUGAACUACGACCUGUGGCUGGAGCGAGAGGUCUUCUCCAAACCUAUUUCCUGGGAAGAACUGCUGCAGUGAGAAUCAACCUGUCGGCGUCCUUGAUGUGUUUUUUUUAAAGAAUUAAACUGUUUCAAUCAGGAGUUCAGACAAACCGCCACCAGUGCUCUCACUGAUCCAACUCUGAGCGAAGCAUCGCGUUACGUGUUCUGUGUGGAUGGACGUCACCAUCAGAAGUCACCGAGAUGCUGCUUGUGAACCAUCAGCGGGGAUCAGUGUGGUUUUACAGUUUGAUUGGAGCUCCAACCAAAUGCUUUAUGUGAUGAACGUUUGCCUUUAAGAAACUUAGCAUUACUGUCAUUUGAAUCCACUUGUUACACAGAAAAAAAAAAAGAGAUAAUCGUUUUGUAUUUAGGUUCCCCGACACUUUUCCCGCCACCCACAGUUUUUACAUGAAA